CACAAACAACAACAACAACGUCACGUAUCGCGGACGCGCUCGAGCCGACACCACGCGACAGGCACUGACAAGAUGGCGAUCAUUUCAGAAACAGAGGAGUUACUGCCGUGAAGGAGAGGCUCGACAACACCACCAUGCCCUGGGAGGGUCCUGUUUCUAAGCUCACCAUGGUUACCAUGGUGAUAUGAAGCCAGUGUGAAGCGUUGACACACACACACAGACUCACACACAGACGGUCAGUUAUUGACUGACGCAGCCAGCCAGCUCGGCGGCAGGCGUGUGGAAUGGACAGGUGUAAGCAUGUGGGGCGGCUGCGGCUGGCCCCAGACCACUCCAUCCUCAACCCACAGAAGUGGCACUGUGUCGACUGCAACACCACCGAGUCUAUAUGGGCCUGCCUCGGCUGUGCUCAUGUGGCGUGUGGGCGCUACAUUGAGGAACACGCUUUGCAGCACUUCCAGCAGCAGCGGCAUCCGUUGGCUAUGGAGGUUAAUGAACUUUAUGUGUUUUGUUACUUGUGUGACGACUACGUCCUGAAUGAUAACGCCACCGGAGACCUCAAGCUGCUCCGCAGUACGCUCAGCGCCAUCCAGAGCCAGCGCUAUGAGGUUACCACCCGCAGCGGGCGCACCCUCCGCUCUGCCAGCGCUGCCCUGGACGCCCUCAUGCCAUCCGGGGCCCGCGAGCUGCAGCUGAAAGAUGAGGACAGAAUGUUUACUGCCCUCUGGCAUCGCCGCAGGGCGCUUAUGGGACGCAUCUUCCGCUUUUGGUUUGGCCUGACUGAAUGCGGAAAGAAGAGAGAGGAAGAGGAGAGGAAGAGGGAGGAGGAGGAGGAGCAGAAGAGGGAGGCCAGGGAGAGGAGACGAGCUCUAAAGAGGCAGCUACAGGAGGAGCUGGAGAACGCUCCUCUCAGGAAGUCUCGGCGCUUGCGUCGGAAAAGCCACAGAGUUGCGGAAGCGGCAAUCACAACACCAACCUCUCGCAGGGCAUGCAACAAGACAAAAGCCCCCGUGCCCCCAUCUGUCAAGCGCAGACCACGGACUCAGAGCCCUGCCACUGCUACCCCCAAGAAAGCUGGACGAACGAAAAAGGUCGAGCCAACUCCCAAACCCCGGAGCCGAUCCUCUACUACCAAAUCUAAGCCCAAAACACCCUCAUCCACCUCUCGUACUGCCCAAACCCCGGUCCGCCGCAAGCAGAGUACCAAACAGGGGGGCUCACCGUUCAAACGGCGUCCCACAGUCACUCCUGGAGUGACAGGCCUGAGAAACUUAGGAAACACCUGUUAUAUGAACUCCAUCCUGCAGGUUCUGAGUCACCUGCAUGUCUUCAGGGAGUGCUUUCUGCGUCUGGAUCUGACCCAGGCUCUGGAGCUGCUGGCGUCCGCCGUCCACGGCCAGCUGGCAGGGAAGGCCUCGCAGUCCCCCAUGGCCCAGAGGAAGGGACUCCAGACCAGCUCAGGCUGUGGCGUGGGGCUGAGCGGCGGGGCCUCGAGGACCCGUAGCAUGGAGCUGAUCCAACCCAAAGAGCCCAGCUCGAAGCACAUCUCUCUCUGCCACGAGCUGCACACCUUGUUCCAGGUUAUGUGGUCUGGCAAGUGGGCGCUGGUCUCGCCUUUCGCCAUGCUCCACUCGGUGUGGCAGCUGAUCCCGGCGUUCAGGGGCUACGCUCAGCAGGACGCUCAGGAGUUCCUGUGUGAGCUGCUGGAUAAGGUGCAGCACGAGCUGGAGAGCACCGGCAAGCACACGACCACCGCAGGAGUCCCGCAGAAACGACUCAUCAAGCAGGUGCUCAGUGUGGUCAACACCAUCUUCCACGGCCAGCUGCUCAGCCAGGUAACGUGUCUGGCAUGCGACCAUCGCUCCAACACCGUGGAGCCGUUCUGGGAUCUGUCUCUGGAGUUCCCUGAGCGCUACCACAGUAACAGCAGGGAGUCGGCCGCUCAGGCUUCUUGCCAUCUGACGGAAAUGUUGGCCAAGUUCACCGAGACCGAAGCGCUGGAGGGAAACAUCUACGCCUGUGAUCAGUGUAACUCUGCCAGACGACGGACCUCCUCCAAACCAGUCAUCCUGACCGAAGCACAGAAACAGCUGAUGGUCCACAAACUGCCUCAGGUCCUCCGACUUCACCUCAAACGCUUCAGGUGGUCUGGGCGCAACCACCGGGAGAAGAUCGGCGUCCACGUCAGCUUCGACCAGCUCCUCAACAUGGAGCCCUACUGCUGCCGGGAGCCGUCGCCCAAAGGCUUACCCUGCUCCAGUCCCAGCAGCCCCAGCUCUCCCGGCUCGCCACGCCCAAAGCACUUCCUCUACGAACUCUCCGCCGUGGUGAUGCAUCAUGGGAAAGGCUUCGGCUCAGGCCACUACACUGCCUACUGCUACAACACAGAAGGAGGCUUCUGGGUUCACUGUAAUGACUCUAAGCUGAAUGUGUGUUCGGUGGAGGAGGUGUGCCGAGCUCAGGCCUACAUCCUCUUCUACACACAGCGAGUAACUCAGGACAAAGACCGGCCGCUAUAGGACCACGACCCCCUGGACCUUCCUCCUCCUCCUCCUCCUCCUCCUCCUCCUCCUCCUCCUCCUCCUCCUCCUCCUCCUCCUCCUCCUCCACUCAGUGAGAUGAUAUCAGCACAGCCCCACCUAUCGCUCUUUCUUCGCUUCCCUCUCUUUCUUCGGGCAUUUUCUACCACGGGAGGACAGCUGUUUUAAGUCUAUUUUUCUAAAUAAUGAAAGAGGAGUUUUAAAAUCCGGUUCUGCUUUGUGAACUUCUUGUACAUGGUGUUUAUAUGUAGGUAUUUUUUUUACGAAAUGGUGACUUUUUGUGAUUUAUGUACAGCUGUAUUUUAUAAAAAAAAACAAAAACAACAACAACAAAAAAAAACAGCAUCAGCCAAGAUGUGUCUCAGUAGCAGCCAGGUGUGACUACACAAGUGUCCUCUCUCUGGUGGCUCGUUGAUUGUAAAUGCUGUUUGUUCGUUUGAAAUCAGAUGAAAUUGUUUCUCAGUCACUUUAGAUAGUCGACACACAACUGGAUGUAGGGUUGUAAAAACGUCAUUCACUCAGAAAUGGCCUCCCUGUGUUCUAGACAGGUAAGAGUUUUUAACAGCUGGCUACAUUUUGGCCCUUUUUCCUGCCAGAAAUGCACUAUUUUUUUUUUUUUUUUUAACAUAAAAUGGUUGUUAUUCACUUGGUGUUGUUAAAAAUCUGCACACAUGAAAUGCAGGAUGUUUUGUUUUUCACUCUGAAGUCCUCCUGGGUCUGAAGCAAGCCAAAGCCUUGGGGGAAGUGUUUGGAAAAACCUCUCAGCAUUUCCAAAACGGUUCAACAUUUGCUGGGUUGUUUUUUUAUUUUUUCUUCCUUCCUUUUAUUUUAAAAAAAAGGGACCAUUUUUGGCUCAGUGCUGCCAUCUUUCUGCUCUAGAAUGUAACCAUCCCCAACCAGACGGAUACUACUGUACUAGAAAAGUGCCCUUUUAUUGACAAAGCAGAUCUAUUUUUAUAGUUCAUAUCAAAUCAGCUGCAAUCCCACGCAGACCAGCAGUUAGAUAAUGAAUGUAUUUCUAUACAAUCCUUCUCAGAGGUUUUACAAAACGAGGCCAUCCACUGUUUUAGAAGUUCUAUUCAACCACUUGUUCUGAUUGUUCAGCACCACCAGCGGUUAUGACAGAUGUUCAAUUAUGUCCCUCUGAUUUAUCCGUCAGAGGAGGGAAUCGAAGCACACUUCAUCUUGGUUUUUGUUUGUCAUCAGAGGUGUUAUUUGUCGGCAUUUCGGUUUCUACUCCGUGUGUGUGUAAAUUUAUGGAAGUUAUACUAUGCAAAUUGUUACCUCAAUUUUUUUCUAGAAAAAAUUACCUCAAUAAAUGAGAAUAUUUUUUCAUUUUUCUAAAAAAGAUGCCAGCGUCUUGCUUGUUCUUUUUUUUUGUUUUUACAUGAUGUUAUAAAGCCAAUUGCAUUUAUUAUUUAAAUCAAUUCAGAUAACUAAAAUAUUCACUGAUUAACCCUCGUGUCGUCCUGCGUGUCAAAAUUGACCCGGUUUAAAGUUUGAAAAUGUGGGGAAAAAAAUAUAUUUUCAUAGUGAAACUUCUGAUGUCCACAUUUUCAACAUUUUUUGGAAAUCUCUGAACAUCUUUUGGUGGAAAAAAAUCUUUAAAAUGUUUUUUAAGAACAUUCACAUAAAAAUCCAGCGCAUUUCGCUGGAUUUUGGUUGAUUUUUAUGUGAAUGUUCUUAAAGAAAAUAUUAGAAAUUUUACUGAUAUAUAUGUAAUCACUUUAGAUGUUUUUAGGAAGAUUUUUACAAAUUUUUUGAAAAUAUUUACAAGAAUUUUCUUGCCAAAUUUUGGGGAUUUUUUUUAAAUAAAACUUUUAAGGAAUUAUUGGAAUUUUCUUCCUGAAGGUUUUGCAAAUUUUAUCUACUGAAUUUAAUUUUCUCAAUCAUUUGUCACGUAAAAUGUAAAAAAAGACAUGAAUAACUGUCCAGGUCCAAGCUGACUUGUCAAUUAGCUUGUUUUUUUCAGUCCAUAAUGACUCAAAAUUCUUCUGUAUCAGUGAAUAUAGACUGAAAAUGAACUGACAUACUUUAAACAGGCAGUACUUUUUGAAAUUUGUUGCCUUAAUUUAAACUUUCCCAUUCAGGAAAAUGUGUUAAAAUGUUCUUCAUGCCAAGCUAGCGAGCUAGUUAGCGAGCUCAAUUUUUUUUCUGUGUUGUUUGUUAAAACAUUCUUAAAGCUAUUAGUUUCAUUUAAUGUGCUAAACAACUUAGACGUGGGCAUUUAUUUUUGUCUAUUUACUCAUUGUGUACAUAAAAUGUGAGAAAAUUGUGAAAAUUCCAGUCAGUACAGGCUAGUUCUAGCUCAUCAAGUCGAUGUUAUCAAGGUCCGUGUAUAUUUUGGCAAUUGGAUUUUCCGUUCUGAAACGGGUAUUGAAAAACAAAAAACAAGUGUUUAUUUGAUUUUUGUUUUAAAAUACAAAAAUUAAAGUUGAAAUACAAGGCGAUUUUCCUUUUCAUGAUCAAAAAAGGGAUAUACGGAAUUUUAAAAAUGCUUUGAUUUUCAUUUUAUAUUUAGAAUAACAAAAAAAUAAAAUCAGUAAGAAACAGAAACGAAAAAAUUUCCGUUUUUUCAUUUUUAAAGACCGGAAGUGGUCAUCAGCAAGUGUGGAGCCAAACAGAGUACGGUGCAUAGACUGGAUAUAUUUUUUUUCCUUAGUUUUCAUGGUCAAAAUGAGAGAUCAGGUGGCUGAUCUUAAAAUAAAUCAAUAUUGAUUUUUUUUUUUAUAGAGCGUUAAAGUUUUGCGAAGCCGGGGGGCGGGGUUACUUGAUUGACAGUCUGGUCUGGAAUGAUUGACAGGUCCUAUGGAGGAGGCAGCAGAGACUCUGCUCUCCUCGUUUGGAUUAAUUCUGAUAUAAUAACUGUUGGUUUAUUUAUCGGUGCAGCAGCAGAACAUUUUCCACAGACAGUUUUCCUGCCCGUUGGCUUGUUUUAACCAGUUUUCUGCCUUCAGCUGAUUCUACCAGCAGACACUGAAAGGACUCUGAUAGUUCGAGUGAAAGUAGCAGUUCCUCCUGAAGGUCAGAGGUUGCAGCAUCUGAGGGCCUCUUCAAAAGAAGACGUAGUUGAUGAAGGCGUUCUGGAGCAGGACCAGAAAGACCACGACCAAGCAGCCUUGAGAUCUUAGGCAGCGUCUCCCUGAGGUCCCUCUCUAUCUCCCCACACAUCCACCAACCACUGGAACACAUCUCCAAAGUUCUGCUGGACCAGCUCAGCUUCCCCUCAGAAGAAGUGCUGCCACCUGCCAGAUGAAGGAGCCUAUUGAGAGGCAGCUGGCAUCGUGAUUGGACUGUACUUUGGUCUGUUCCAAUCCAGCUUCAGCUCCAGAGACGGCAGGCGGGACGAGUCAACGGAGGCCGGAUGGACGAAGGCAUGAAGCUGAGUACAAUCCAGAAAACAUCAGAGGAGGAGUGCAGCAGCCCAGAGCCAGAACAACCAGAGUAGCAUCAUAUGUCUCUUAGAAAACAUCAUAGUAUAACCUUUGGUAUGAAAAAACGCUAUCAUAUACAUCGUAUAUUGUACAAAUAAGUCAAAGGAAAGAGACAUACAUUGUAGAAUUGUAGUAAUUGUGGGCUGACUGAUUUACUGAUUAUCAGUAUUUUAUUUUUUACUGAUUUACGGUAAUAAAUACAUUUAAAAAUGGC